GCCUUGAAAACUUUUUUUAAAAUAAAAAUCACUACUUUCAUUAUGUCUCUUUUAUUUAAUGCGAGACUAGUUAAAUGCAUUAAAAGAAUUUUGCCCAUUGUUAAACAUAAUAUUCCGAUCAAUAACAAUCGAGCCAUAACAUUUUCUAAUUCUAAACAAAGUAUACUAAACUCUAUUCGAAACAUACCUUUGUUAAAAAACCCAAAUGCAACCAAAUCGAUAAUCUAUGGAUUUUCAUUACUUGGCUUAUUUGGACUUGACGAUAACAGUGAAUCGGAGCGUAAACUAAUCUAUACCAUUAAAAGAGGCCUAUUGUAUUUACAAAAUGAUGAUUACAAUGCUUUUGAAAAAACAUUACAUGAAGCUCUCCAAAUAGCUAAUGAUUUAAACCAUUUUGAUGGUAUUACAUAUGUAUAUGAUGUCUUAGCAAAUGGAGCAUUUAUGAAUAAAGAUUAUGAUAAGGCAAAAUCAUUAUUCAUCGCAGUCAUUAAUCGGUUAUUUGAUCAAGGAAGUUUUGAUGAUGAUCUUAAUGUUCUGCAUAUAAAUCUUAAGAUUUCUAAAAUCCUUGAAGCUCAAAAAGAUUACAAAUCCUCUAAAAUUGGUUAUGAGUUCUGUUUAGAUCGUUUGAAGAAGAAACAUGAGUUUAAUCCAGAAGAUGAAGAUGUUCUAGGUUUAUAUGCUUUAACAUUAGAUGCAUAUGCUCGUUAUUUAAUGAACCUAGGAUAUACUAAGCUUGCACGCUCUUAUUUUAAAAAGGCAUACGAAAUUAGUGUUAAAUUAAAUGGUGAAGUAUAUGAGAUGAAUGUUAUUUUGCUGAAUGAUCUAGGAACUCUGUAUUAUCUUGGCGGAAAGUUAGAAGAAGCAUUACACUUCUUCAAAAAGGCGGAAAAAAUUGGGAAACAUCUUCCUGACAUGGAAAAUUUUUCAACAGUAUAUAUAAAUCUGGGUAAUAUUUUCUUAAAACAAGGGUUGUUAAAAGAAGCAGAAAAACAUUGUGAAGAAGGAAUGAAAAAUGCUAAAAGACAUCAUUACGAAGAAGGCAAAAAAGAAGCAGCUAUUUGUUUAGCUGAAAUAAAAAGUGCCAUGAAGUAAUAUGUAUUAGUUUAAGUUAUUUUUAUUUUGUUAGCCAAAUGUUUGUUUUUGUUUUAUUUCUUCAAAUAUUAUUUGUUACUUUAAUCUUCAUAAUUUCCUAUUGUAGAUAUUAAGUAUGAAAUUAUAGUAGUAAGAAAAAAAUUGUUAGAUUAUUAAUCAUUUAGUAGUAAACUUAAAAAAAUAUUUAUAUUUUAAAAUAAAAAACAUAAUUUAAAUAAAUAUAGUUUGAUUAUAUAACAAGAACUUUUAAAUGUAUAUUUACAUUUGAUUACUACUUUGAAUUUAACUCGUUUGAUUGUUUUGUAUAAUUUUAUAAAUUAUU